AUGCCUUUACGUGAUCAGGGUAUGGAGGGCGCGGGCAAUCGGCCACGAAUCACGAGGAAACAUUCUGGCUGCAAGCCUUGUCGACGGCGAGGCAAAAAGUGCGAUGAAUCAAGGCCGCGUUGCCGGGCUUGCGCCCGGCUAUCCUUAGAAUGUAUCUAUGGCGUCGACUACAGCUUCCAUAACAUCACUCCGACGAAAUUGCAGCGACAGCCGAUUAUUGUGGCGGAAGAUUCCCCGUCAGCCCCUCUUGCUUUGAGUUCUGCGCCGAGUAAGGUGGCCGUAGAGCUCCGCCAUCUGCCGAGGUCAUGCAUCUCCCACCACCUCACGCGAGCCAGGAUCCCUAGGUCUCUGGACGGCGGUGAUAAUCUUGAGACAUGCUAUCUAGCCCAUUUCCAGAGGCAUGUACGCAAUCUUCUUCCUGCAUCCACUUGGCCAUUUGCAAACGCAACCUUCCAUUCCCCCCGUAUCCUCGUGGGAAGCCAUCGUCAGGCCUGGUUCAGUCCACUGGUCAAUGAAUUGCAUCACGCCAAAGCACGGGACUAUCAUGAUCGCGCGUUACGACUCUGUCGCGUGGCGGAUAUGAAAGAGGUGUCGGACGACGCCGCUGCUAUUCUUGUAGCGCAAAUUCUUCUUGCAUACUACGAUCACGCGUCGACCAACCACCAACGCUUUCGGUCGGCAGUGUGGGAUACUGUUGAAUUUGUCUCUCGGAAUAGGGAGUAUAUUAUGCGGUCCGCGGGGGGCGUGGGGGCCCUGCAAAUGUGGCAUCGCUUAUGUGUUUCUCAUCGUCUAUCUAAGCCACCAUCAUUGCUUCUGGAGGGAGAGGGCAGAAGUUCCUUCGGUCCAAACUGUUUUCCAGACGCCACGGACCAAUUGUAUCUUAGCACCGUCUUGGGGAUGAGCAUGGAUGACCUGAUCUACGACAUUCUUAUCAAAACUAUGGAGAUCCGCUCGCGAGUAGUAGUGUUCCGUUGCGUUGCCUACCAUUACCGGAUUCCCGAGUCAUCAAGAGAGGUAGGUGGUCUCGCUCACGGUCUCCUGACCCAGAUGUUAGGCAGACCCUUUGUCCACGAAGAGCUUUCCGAGGCCCAGAAAGGCUUUGUGCGUGGCUCGCACCUACUGGGGCUGUUGCAGGUGCAAAAGGAACGGUUAUCUGUGUGGAAAUCUCUCCGGCACACGGAACGAUCGCCUGUCAGUCGCCAGGCAGACAACCAUCGUGAUAUUGUGUCUCCAGGAGAGUGGAGCCUUGCAACUCAUCAAGAUGCGAUGAACACCCUGUAUGAGAUACUUUGCGAGAUGAUCUUUGAGGAAGCCUACGCAGUGUAUGCACCUGACUUUGCGUUGGAGCAGCACUCUGCCGCGACUGCGCUUCCUCGUCUGGCACAGAACUUUUGCCACAUUGUGAGCACCUUAGAUUUUGCUGCAGUAGGUACGGCCGAUGUCUACACCUUUAGUCUGACCGAAAGUUUCCUCCAAUUGGUCGUUCUCUGGCGGUCUGAUAGCUUGUUUCACUUUAUUCUGGACGUUGCCUGGCCGAACAUUGAGAGGAAGACUCGAGGCUUCGAGCACUCGCACUAUCCCACUCACCUCGCGAAGCGGAUCAUCUCUCUGGUGGCGGACUAUUGGUCCCGAGGGCAAACUGUGACCCUCGUGAUGCCCGCCGUGCCAGAGGAUAUCCCGAAAGUGAAACUCCUCGACCUCAACCAUCCAAUAGAGAUGGUGAUAUGCGGACAUAAUCCGGAUCACACCGCGUGGAUGAACAAGAUUCUUCUCCCUUGAGCAAGGGAGCUAACCCCAAU